GAGAGCGGCGGUGGCUGCUGCUGUGCGGGCGCGGGAGGCGAGGCGGCCGGAGCGGGGCGAGGCGAGCAUGGCGGUGGCCGUGGGCAGAGCCGCGAACGAUGACCUUCGAAACCUGUCCCUGUCGGGCCACGUUGGUUUUGACAGUCUUCCCGACCAGCUGGUCAACAAGUCAACCUCACAGGGUUUCUGCUUCAACAUCCUUUGUGUCGGGGAAACCGGAAUCGGCAAAUCCACGCUCAUGGACACUCUAUUCAACACAAAGUUUGAAAGCGACCCUGCCACUCACAAUGAGCCCGGCGUGCGGUUGAAAGCAAGAAGUUAUGAACUUCAGGAGAGCAAUGUCCGUCUGAAGCUGACGAUUGUCGACACGGUGGGAUUUGGGGACCAGAUCAAUAAAGACGACAGCUACAAGCCCAUUGUGGAGUACAUAGAUGCCCAGUUCGAAGCCUACCUGCAGGAGGAACUAAAGAUCAAGCGGUCGCUCUUCAAUUAUCAUGACACCAGGAUCCACGCAUGCUUAUACUUCAUUGCACCUACCGGGCACUCGCUGAAGUCUCUUGAUCUGGUCACCAUGAAGAAGCUCGACAGUAAGGUGAACAUCAUUCCCAUCAUCGCCAAAGCAGACACCAUCGCAAAAAAUGAGCUGCAUAAAUUCAAGAGCAAGAUCAUGAGCGAGCUAGUCAGCAACGGGGUCCAGAUCUAUCAGUUCCCGACGGACGAGGAGACGGUGGCCGAGAUAAACGCUACCAUGAGUGUCCACCUCCCGUUUGCUGUUGUUGGCAGCACCGAAGAAGUGAAGAUUGGCAAUAAGAUGGCCAAGGCCAGGCAAUACCCAUGGGGUGUUGUGCAGGUUGAAAACGAAAACCACUGUGACUUCGUGAAGCUGCGUGAAAUGUUGAUCCGAGUCAACAUGGAGGACCUGCGGGAGCAAACUCACAGCAGGCAUUAUGAGCUUUACCGCCGUUGCAAGCUAGAAGAGAUGGGGUUCAAAGACACGGACCCAGACAGCAAACCUUUCAGUCUCCAAGAGACCUAUGAAGCCAAGAGAAAUGAAUUCCUCGGCGAGCUUCAGAAGAAAGAGGAAGAAAUGAGGCAAAUGUUUGUCAUGCGAGUGAAGGAGAAAGAAGCUGAGCUGAAAGAAGCAGAAAAGGAUCUCCAUGAGAAGUUUGACCACCUAAAGCGGACCCAUCAAGAAGAGAAGAAGAAGGUAGAAGACAAAAAGAAAGAACUGGAGGAAGAGCUGAGCAACUUCCAGAAGAAGAAGGCUGCUGCCCAGCUACUACAAUCACAGAGCCAACAGGCUGGUUCUCAACAAACCAAGAAAGAGAAGGACAAGAAAAAUUCAAGCUUCACAUAAAGCCUGCCAAGUCAAUGGACGUUCCUGCAUUCACCUGCUUUUGUAGUAAUGUGUUUCAGCUAUCUUAUCUAUAUAUUUUUUUUCUUCUUCUAAACACAAAGCAUUCUUAUUAACCCAACAAUAACUGGAGGGGUGGGGAAGCAGGGGGUACCUAACCUUGGAUUUCAUUGGUAUGGCCCUGUCUUUGGUCUCUCAGAAGAACCCAAUGAUAGAACUCCUGGAAUUGGACCUAGAUGGUAAUAUAUUCACGGCACAAUUGUAAGCAAAAUUACACCAUUCUAAGUCCGUUGAAGUCGAUAGGCUUAGAAGGGUGUAACUCCUUAGGAUUGCACUGCGAAUUUGGAUCUUAUUACGCAUUACACUUGGGUUCACGGUUACCACAUUGGCCAUGAUCCAGAGGACCCUAUGAGGUGCAUGGCGAUGGUUGUUCAUACAUAGUAGAACUUCUGAAUUUUGUUUUUGACUAACAGGCUCCGUGCUUCAACCUACCCUGCUUCCCCAACAAUGUAUUGGAAAGUGAAGGUUCUGUCCAGCCAAAAUUAAACCUUUCCAACUGUUUUUAAUGGAAGAAUUGAGCACAUGCCAAAAUUUCCUUGCUGUUGAAAUCCAAAAGAAGUUUACUGUGCAGUGUACUGUCUAAGCGGGGGAAAGAGGUGAAAACUGCACUUCCUUACGGGUUCUCUGGAUUAGGGCUAAGCUGGAGGCUUGUGGCACUUUAAGGACUAGCAAGUUUUUAUUGUAGCAGAAGCCGAAGUAGGCUCUAGUCCAUGAAAGUACUGAACAAAAACUUGUUCGUCUUUAAGGUGCUGCAAGACUUCUGUUUGUUUUUUCUGCUCUGAUCUUGAAAAACAUCCCAUCCGUUUAUGCAAUAGAAGGAUAUAGCCACAAAUAUCCAUAAUUCACACAUUUUAGCCAAGGACCGUUUAUUCUGCUCUUUUUUACUGUGGAUAGCUGUUUUCCCCCCAAACAAAAGUUUACAAUUAUUUUCUGUAGCUAGUAGGAACAAAGGCAAAUUGUCCCACUUGUCCAGUACUAGAUGAGUAUGAUUAACUAUAUAGUGUACUCUCUACCAUUCUCUGAAAAAAACACAGAAAUAGUGGGAAGAUCUGGGAAAGAACUGUUAAGAUCUUCUUGAAGGUGUAUCCAUGAUCGCCUCUACUGCAAAUGUAACCUUAGUCUACUUUUUUAGCCAGCUUCAGGAAAAGUCGGAUCAGACCAGAAGUUUAGUUAGGGUCACCAGGUCCAGACCCAAAGACCCUGCCUGUUUCUGUAAGAGUCAGUGAAGCAGUAAGUAGCAAGCACAAUCUUAUUUUUAUACUGCAGCAGACAGAGAAGAAAAUCAAAGUGCCACUACUGCAUAUUUUGUUGCUCUUUCCAGGUUCUAAGAGAGACGGGGCAGUCUCCGGUGCAACACCUGUCCUCUCUAAAUAUUAUUAUUACAUUCCCUACUCACAUGGUCCAAGGAUAGUGAGGGUGGACAACUGCUGAGGCCCAGAAGUUUUACGAGGCACCCCUACUGAGACUAAUGCUGCCAUUUUGAUUCUUAACAUGAUAUAAGACAUAGCUUGGUCAGAGGCUGUCUCUGACACAUGAAGUGCAGCACAGAAUCUUUUGCGGUAAUCCAACGCCCCCUGUGGCUUUCCCGUCAUACUUGUGGAUCCCCUAUGGCUCUACAUGCAUCCCCAUUCAUGCUUCUACCCCUCCCAGGUAGUUAUGAGUCCUCUUCAAGCAGAUGCACCUGAAGUCUCAAAACAUGCCUCCUUCUGUAUGAAAACUGGAGUGCAGAAUCUUUAUCCUGUGAUAACGCCUGUGCAAAUAAUUCUGUGGGUCCACCUGGCUAGCAAAUGGCUUGCUGAGAUUUAAGCAAGGAUCUCCCAGCCUGACACCAAAGUUCUAUAUUCUGAACUGACCAAGUUCCACUCGCGUCACGGGUUUCUUCUGGAAGCAGUCUGUAAGAUCAUAGAAGCCCCACUGCUGUUGUCUUUCUCUGUAUCUUAAUUGGUUUUUGCAUGGCUUUCCAUAUGCAUGAUGGCUUUCCUUUCUCUCCUUGCCGUAGCCUGCAUUUCUUAGCCUGCCCUCCAGCAUUUGAUUUCUCUCUUAACAAGCUUUCUUUCCUAAGGCAACAUGACUAACAGAAUGCAAUAUGUUUCCAAACCAGAGUUGCACACUGACGGGACAAUUUUCUGUCCUAACCCCUUUGAUGUAAAGAAGACACAGGAGUUGCAAGUUCUCCAGAGGAGACAUAUCUGGAAUGGGCUUUCCACAAUUAAAGUGCUGGUGAUCUGCCUAUUCUAAAAUGGAGAAAUUAAAUUUUAUUCUCUUAGGGUCGAUUUACCUAAUGCUUGGGAGUAUCGUUUGGCAAUCUUAAAUGGUUGCUUGAGCUUGGUGUAAAAAUUAAACUUUUCAGUUGUCAUUUCCUAUAAGACACUCCAAAGAUCCUUAACAUCACACAACUGAUGGGGGAAGUAGCCAUACUAUUGCCCCUCGGACAUACAUCUCCUCAAUUCCAAAGUUCAAAAAGUGAUGUGUUGUGGAGCCACAAUCUUGGUGCCCCUUUAACAUCAGUACCAGCCUCUAGGCUUGGUCCAGCCAUGACUAAACAAACAACUGAUUUGCGGUGAAUCUCUGAUUGGGUCAGAACUGCUGCUGCAAACAUCCACUCUGCUGAGACUCAGAUGACAACACUCAGACUGUGAAAUGGGAUAAACUGACUGUAGGAUUACCAGGCUAGGGUUUCAGAGCUCUGCCUGAGAGCCCCUUCGCACAUUAUGUUUUUAGGUGUACACCUGAGUUUUUGUUUUUAAGUUUUCAUCUACAAACAGACCUAAGGGAGGAUUAGAAACAGAACUGGCUGCAGCUCCAUCUGCUUAAACCCAGGUUUGCUUUUCCGUAAUGGUUCUCAGGAUCUAAAAGAAAAAAGAAUAUUGACAAGAAGGUGGUCAGCGUACUGUAGAGAUGAUAUAUUGGGGAUCUGCAGGUUCUAGUGGGAAUUGGGGCAGUCUUGGUGGGCUGCAGAAAGAUCUGGGUUGCCUGGUGUACAUUUAAGGUGACAACAGUUCACAGGUCAUCCAAUUUGGUGCAGUCGUCUAAAAUGAAGCAGGAAUAUUUCUUGCAUUUCCUUUGACGCUGAGAACGCUUUACCUUUUGAAUUGCAUGUCUGCACUAGAUUGGUCUAAAUACGUAGGCUUCCUCCUCCUUUGGGGGUAUCAGGAGUUGUAGUUCAGCAGAGGGGGGCAUGUGCUUGUUUAGAAGUCCCAGCAUCCGUGAUAAAACUACAUUUCCCCAGUUUCUUAAGGAAUAAUAAUAACAACAACAACAUUCGAUAGAGGGAGCCAUGGCAGUUAAACCAAUGUCAAGUGAUGAGAAGACAGCUAUCUCCUCAUCAUUAUAUUUAACCUUUCUUCUUGCAAAUGGUGCUCGCCAGCAGAUAUAUACGAAUGAAGUCUCACUUUUUCCAGGUAUCUUUUUUUUUUUUUUAAGAGCUGUGAAACUGCCUAAAAUGUUUUAAAUUCUGUAUAUUUUUUUCUAUCAUCUGUCCCUUUUUCCUUGCUGAUACCUUCGAAGAGGUGGAAGGCCUCUGAUUUCCAGAUUCCUUUCUCUGCCAAGGCCUCUGAUUUCCAGAUUCCUUUCUCUGCCAAGGCCUCUGAUUUCCAGAUUCCUUUCUCUGCCGUUGAUGUACUGCCAGUUUUCCGUCAGCUCCUGGCUAGGUAGUCCCAUUUCCUCCAUUUCUUCAAACCAUCUUUAAAAAUCUUUGAGAGAAGACGGGGGGAUACUGAGACCAGCCCUGAGAGAGGCAGAGCCUUAAAAGACCCAAAUGUCAGAGAUGAGCUAAGUUGUAACAUGAGUAUGGAAGAAACAACAGGCAAGCAGCUCACCUUCAGCCCUUUAGGCCUGAUGUAGGAGGAGCCAGUUUCCUCACCAUGCGCUACAGCUGAUUGUGAAUAUUUAUGUUCAAGUUUCCCAAAGCUUGAAUAUUUGUGUAGUGUGCUUGCACUGGCCAUGUCUCUGUGUGUUCUAUUUUUAAUUGACUUUUGUGCUCACGUAAUUUGUUAACUUUCUUUCCCCCCCUUCCCCUGAGUUUCGAAUCCUUCUGGAAGAUACUCAAGAUGCUAUGCAAUUCAGGCCCCAUCUUUACGCUCAUCAUUGACUUGAGAUAAAUACAGGCAGCCAUUCUCCAGAUGCUAACUUGCCACAGCUAGCAGGUAGCUUCUUGUUAAGCUGGUUUUCUGUGCCAUCCCACCAAUGACAAAGAAUUUUACCACAUGUUAAGAUUCAGGAAGCUGAAGAAUGUGCUCGGCAAAGCAGUUGAAAUAACCAGCUUGCCAAGUAGCUACAACUUUAUAAAACAAGGCCACAAAAAUGACUAGCCCACUAAAGAAACAACUAACCCGUCUGCCUAUCAGUUCCAGUGUAAAUUGUUUGAGGGCCAUCAACAGCCUGAGGGAAAUAGAAUCCAGUUCUUGUACAGUUUACAAAUAAAACUCUUUCUACCUGACCUUUUGGAGGCCAUCUUUACUUUCUACAGGCAAGUGGCUAUUAUGGACAUAAUAACAUGGUACGUUACCAGUUAGUAAAGACACAACUCAUGAUAAGUUCAUUGCAAGAUGCAUGGACUGACUGAACAACAUUUGCUUCUUGAGAAACAAUCUGAAGAUUGUUCAGGGGCCUCAGACAGAGUUGUUUUGCAGUAAGCUGACAGAAAAGCAAGACAGCACCUAGAUCUCCAGAAGAGCCCAUCUGUGAAACAACGCUUUUCUAGAGCGAUUGCUGUUGAAGAGGAAACAAAAUGUUGCAGGGUUUCCCUUCCGUUCAAUACACUUAUCACCAGGGCUUUUUUUCUGGGAAAAGAGGUGAUGGAACUCAGUGGGUUGCCCUCAGAGAAAAUGGCGUGGAGGGCAAUCUCAACUCCCCACUUUCUGGAGAUCAGGGGGCGGGGCCACCAGCCAUGUGACCAUUUUCAAGAGGUUCCAGAACUCCGUUCCCCUGUGUUCCCCCUGAAAAAAAACCCUGCUUAUCACUCAGUAUUAGCCUGAGGAUCGGCUCUUCUAGCCUUCCAAACAUGGCCAAUGCAUCACUUACAGAUUGCUGAAGUGGCCCCUCUGUGUGUGGGGAGGGUACAUAUGGACAGCUUCUGGGAAGGUCUUUUGUCGUACAGAUUCCACCCCCAUAAAGGCUGUCCUGCCGUGUUGCAGCCCAAGAUUGCCAUGUCAUGUGCAGCAGCCAUUACCUCAUUGUGAUGUCAUCCACAGUGGGUGUGGCUUAUGAUUGACAGAAGACAGGACUUGUAGGGGACCAGUUGCAAUGUGAAGGAAAUGUUUCCACACUGAAGAUUCUGUCACUGUCCCUCCCACCCUAAAUUAAUGAGCAACUCCUACAGCAAAUUGCACAUCUUCCCGAUAUUUAUCAAGGAGCAAAAAAGGUUCUCAGUCAGUCCAGCUGAACAUUGUGCUUUCUAAAGUGUGGAUUGAAUUUGCACCUGGUGCUCUACUUGAGAAAGGGGGAAUAGGGCUGUUUAUCCAGGAGUUUAGCUGCAACAGAAACUGGGAUGGUUUUUUUUAAGGGUUGCCUGGGGACUGUCUCUCUGGGGACAGAGAAUCCUGAGAUCUACACAUAGACCCCAAGUGGCUCUGCAAGAGUUGUUGCUACCAGUCUUUGAAGCCAUUUUCUUUUCUUUGCCAAAACGUGCCCCAUGUUUUCUGUUCAUUUCCUUUAUAUUCCCCCCCCCCUUCCAAGAAUGAAGCAUGUUAAUCUGAGAUGAUUUAUUCUUGGAACAAAUUAAGAUCUUUCUAUCCCUUCUUACCCUGAGCCCCUUAAAGAAAAUGUUGCUGCCAGCAUUGAAUUUGAUGCCCCAGCCCCACUUCGGUCCCUCUUCAAAGGAUGUGCAGCAUCACAUUUCACACCAGAAUGCAGAUAGAUUCCUGUGGGCCCCCCUUUGAACAUACAGCCCGUGAAAAGAAAUUUGGCACAGAGCCCACAGCCACAGAGGGAUGUGCGUCCUGCAGCAAGCAAAAUGCAAAAAACUGUUUCCGCACGUGGAUCCCCUUGGCUGAAUCAGAGAGCUCAUUUAAUAGCCACAGAGCCAGGUUCUUGCCCUGCUUUAGCAAUUCCCCCGCAACGUGUUGAGCUUGGUUACAACUGCACUUGCUUUUCUUUUCUUUGUCUGUAUCCGUGCCUUUCUUCACAGCAAUCCUUGGCUCUGCACAGAAUAAUAUCCCUCUUCAAAGCUAAUUGGAUGUGCUUUCGGCUUUGCAUGUAAGUACAGUGGCAAAAGACCCUUCUGCCCACCCGAGGCUGUUUUGCCAAAGGUGUGUUUUGCAACAAGAGAAAUUCUCAGGUGGUUUCUGCCAGGUAGCAUUCAGCUAGUGCAGAUCCUGAAGUCGCUGGCCCCGAUCAGUUGCACGUGUAGGUCACAACUAAAAUGAUGUCAAAGGAACCGGUUGCUUUCAGUAGAACUUAAGCACAAGCAACUUUGUCUGAAUUGUGGCCAUUCUUUUAUAACACUCUUCAUCAAGCAUGCUUGGAGUGGCAGGCUAGCAACCUGAUUUCGAAUGCCCUUCUUUGAAAAUAAGUCCAGUUGAUUUGAAUCUGCAGGCUUAUCGAUUGAGUUCAAUAGAAGCUACUUCCUAGUUAAGCGUAUAUAAGAUUUUAGCAGGCUACAGUCCUGUGGCCCUUUGAAAGACAGUUCAAGCUUUUUGGAGUCAGGGUCCUAAGGUUCACUGGGGUCUGGCUCCAUAAAUCCAUGGUUCUCAAACUGAGGGUUGGGACCCAGAAGUGGGUUGUGACUCCGGCAGGUAGAUAGCAAGACAAGGAGAGAGGAAAGAAUGGGGUGAGCUGGGAAAGGGGGCUCAGCAGCAAAUCUGGGUUUGCUUCAGCAUCACAUGUGAAAGGGCCAUGAAACGCAGCUGCUUGCUGGAUCAUUUUGACAUGUUCACAAACCCUGAAUAUGAAAAAUAGAAUAUGUGCUUGUUUUGUAUAGUGUUGGGGGGGAAAAUAGCAUGGAGUGGCUUUGCAGGUGUGUUAGGCAAAAGGCGUGUAAAUUUAGGAGUGGACCCCAUUUGAAAAAGUUGAAAACUGCUUGCUGAUGUCAUAAUAAACUGCAUAACUGUUAAGAGCGAGACAGGAGCAAGAUUGAAAUCCGGUAGCACCUUAAAGACCAACAACAUUUCCAGGCUAUGCGCUUUCAAGAGUCUGAGCUCCCUUUGUCAUAUGCCCUGGCUUCAGAAGGGAGCUUUGACUCUCAGAAGCUUAUACCCUGGAAAUCUCUUUGGUCUUUGAAGUUCCACGGGACUCAGAUCUUGCUCUUCUCCUGCAGACCAGCACGGCAACCCACCAGAAACCAUCUUCAAGGUGACAUAAGACUCUUAGCUACGACACACUUAACAGGGCUAUCCCUCUGGAAUUAGUAGGUAACGGGUCUCACUGAAGGACUUGCUUCGGAGUAAAGUAGUUUAGGAGUCCACUGCCGGUCAGAUUCCCUAGCAAGUUUCAUUAAGUAAAGAUAUUUACAGAGCAAUCCAAAGCAGAGUUACUCCAGUCUAAGCCCAUUGAAAUCAAUGGACUUGGACUGGAGUAACUCGGCUUAGGAUUGCACUGUUAGUAUUUGAGCACUAAAACACCUUGUUCACAUUAACUGUCCCUUUAGAAAAUCCCAGCUCAGAAGUAUAAGCCAUUGUAUUUGCACGUGUUUUAUCUGUGUUUUCCUACAUUAUUAUAUGUUUUAAUAUACCUGUCUUUGAGUGUCGGAGAUUGGGUAGGCCAAUAACGGCGGUUCCCCCUCCUCCAAAAUCAGGAUAAACAUUUAACCCGUUCAGUAUCCUGUCUCUGGAGGUAAUUAGGAGAGUAUUAAUGACUGCUCCAUAUGUAGAUCCGAAAUCUUUAAUUUGGCUGGGUCUCAUGGCUUCAGGCAGGAAGGUCUGAAUCGUGGAGAAAACCGCCUUUCAUUUAUAUUGGCAGGAGUUUAAAAUAUUUGAUUUCAAAGGAGAAGGAAAACAAGGUUCAAAAGUUCAUCCCGCUGUUUUUUUGGAUGAACACAUUCAGCGAAACUGAAAUCCAAAUUUUGUAAUUGUCCCAGCUUUGGAGAUUCCGUCCCCCUCACACACAGUUAUAACAGAAGGCAAAAUUACACCCCCCAACUCUGAGACAGCAUUGAAGUAUUUUUUUUUCUUUGAGAGAAAGAGAUUGGGAACACGACAGUGCCCCCUCCUCGAAAUCCAGUUCCCAAAGUGACAGCUUCAUGUCGCUUUGCCAUAGGGACGGAUGUAGCUUACCUUUCUUGCAGAUGUGAUUGGUAUUUUGUGAAGCAUGGGGGGUUGAAAAGCUCGGCGCUUCUGUGGAGCCAAUGGGGAAAUGACCAUGGAUAAAAAGUUCCUCAGAUGCUGUGAGCCGUUGAAAAUCCUCCCUUUAAAGGGUAACAAUGCGUUCCGCCCACUGGACUCACUUCUUUCUUGAUGGGACACUUCAAGUCAUUGGCCCUGCAGCCAUCUGGAGAGUUGGCUGUUUCAGAUGCCCAGCUGUACAGUGGAGGGGGCGGCCUUAUUACAUGCUCGCCAAUGUGCAGAAAUGUGGAGAUGAGCAAGGAAACGGCAAUUCAGCUUUGCUGCAUCUUGUGUCAUGACAGGUGACCCGCUCCUUGUGUGGAAGCACAAGUUCCACACGAUGAGCCCUCAAAUGGAGAUUAGGAGUGUUUGCCUGAUGAGAUUGUACCAUCUGAAGCCACCUCAGAUUUCCCCCAAUCCAGAGUAAAUAUCAACAGCAGGGCUUUUUUUCAGGGGGAACGCGGGGGAACGGAGUUCCGGAACCUCUUGAAAAUGGUCACAUGACUGGUGGCCCCGCCCCCUGAUCUCCAGACAGAGGGGAGUUCAGAUCUAAACUCCCUUCUGUCUGGAGAUCAGGGGCGGGGCCACCAGCCAUGUGACCAAUUUCUCCGAGGGCAACCCAUUGAGUUCCACCACCUCUUUUCCCAGGAAAAAAGCCCUGAUCAACAGUAAUACUUGUGCUUAGUUGAAACUGCCAUCUCUCCUCCUAAAUCCCAUCACAGCAGCAUUUAAACCACCUCAGCCUUCAGGUGCUAAUAUGUGGGAUGCUGCGGUCUAAACUUCGGACAGUCCAAUGUGAGCAGUUCCAUCAGGUCAAGAGUAAAAACAGAAAACGUUCUGAGUGGGGUGGAUGUGGGUGAGUGCACUUUUCUGGGAUUCCAAGGCCUCUGUUUUCACUUCUCUCUGUCUUCACUCAUAUGUUUCCUGUCAUUCUCAGCCAGAAUAUUGGAAAAGCCAGUGAGGGGCGGUAUAGCCUUUAAAAAUAAAAUUGGAGGUGAUUAAAGUGAGGCAGAAAGAAGAGUGUGCGGACAGAGCAUGCAGGCUGGAAUUAUGGGGUGUGUCGAGGAUUAGAAUUCCAUAGAAUCACAGGAACACCAAGAGACACCAAUUAGGGGCUACAGAAAGGUUACUUAUUAAAUGGUGUGAUUCCCAGAAACCACAAGCCCAGGAUAUAUCAACUUCAGCUAAUUUAGUAAUGAUAAAGAGCAAUAGGUUUGCCUGAUAGAUGAACUCUGGGGAUGAGCUGUACCAGUAGGGCAGUAGAAAGAGGAUGUUAAUUGUACACACUUACUUUGGGGUCUAAUGCAAGAUGUUCGUCUUCAUUGGGGCUGAAUUCUCUUAAGUCCCAAACUCUGGUCUGAAUUUCUUUUGUAAAUGUUUUUUUUUUCUUUGCAAUGUGAUGACAGCACACACACACGUGUGCAUUCAUUAUAUCUAUCCAUCUGAGUUGUGCCUAUGACUUGCUGUUCUCUCCUUUUGCUGUAUCUCCCCUUCGAAAGGGGAGUUUUAAAAAAUAUAGUUGCAUUGACAGUUAUAUAAAAUCUGUUCCUGUCUAGCUGGAGUCUAACAGUGUUGUCUUGAAACAUAUACAUGAAGGAUUCUGUUUUGUUCCCCCCUGCUCCCAGUUAACUGAAAAUAAAACUGUGAAUGGCUGUA